UCUCAUUUCCAGAUACUUAACCUUCUCUAAUUUUCCUACCUCAAUUGUGUUAAUGUCUGCACCAAAACACAGAGCCAUGACAGAGUCACAAGAACAAAAGCAUGACCAAGAGCAAGUGGUGUUGAUUCCAAACAAAAAAAGAAGACACUGCUGUGUCAUUUCCACUGCCAUAGUGCUGUUACUUCUUGUGGUACUAGUCACAGUUUCACUAGUUCUAGCCCUGACCGUGUUCAAGACCAAAGAUCCAAGAACAAAGCUUGUUUCAGCUUCAUUGGAGGGAAUCUCACCACGUGUUACAUUUCCUGCAAUUAACAUACAACUCAACGUUACUCUUGACCUCAAGAUUCUUGUUGAGAACAGAAACUACGCCAAGUUCAAGCACCAAGAAGGGACUAGUUUUCUGCUCUAUGAAGGGAAGGAGGUUGGAGAGACGGAGAUUUUUCCGGGGUUGAUUCCGGCGAGGGGUUCGGCUACUCUUCCUUGCAGGCUCACCCUGCAGGCGGAUAAAUUGGCUUCUAAUGUGACUGGUCUUAUUGGGGAUUUAAUGGGAGGGGAGAUUUCUAUGGAGGCUGUUACUCAGGUUCCUGGGAGAGUGACUUUCCUUGGAAUUAUUAAGAAGCAUAUUGUUGCUAAGUCUAGGUGUCAGUUUACUUUUGGUUUUCCUGAUUUGAAGAUCAAGAGUCAAGUUUGUAAGAAUAAGGCCAAGUUAUGAACUAAUUCAGGAUAGAGUAGAUUUGUAGGAUAUAUAUGUGGUCAGGUUCACACUUUACAUUUGAUUACUUGGGGAGUUUAUGAUACAUGUGUAUGAGCGCUACUAGUAUUUGCAUAUUUCUUCAUGGUAUGAUUUAUCUAUUAGAAGUUGGUUCAAGUUUUGAAA